AAGGACUCCCGCCGCGGGGUCCACGUGGACCCUGGGCCGCGGCGGGACAGAAGCCAGUUCCCGCGCGUGGGGGAGGGGCGUUGCAACAGGGUUACCCCUUUUUCUGCAGCUCUAAGCCUGGGGAAGUGAUUGCUCAAAGGGGGGCCGGAAGAACCCAGGUUUCCGCGUCUCCCGCCCCCACCUCAGCCUGGUGGGGAGGGCCCUAGGCGGGACAGCGGGUCUGCCCCCGCCCCCACCCCGUUGGAUCUGGCAGCCGCUCAGCCCUGCGAGUCGUAGUGGAGGCGCUGCGCCCCCAGCCCAAGCCGAUCGGGGGCUCCUGGCACCAGCCUCGCUCUAGAACGUGCAGGAGGACCUCCUGCCGUCUGACCCGAGUCCUGCUGCUGCAGUGCACGCCCCUUCGGCAGAGCCAGGGUGGGGCCCAGAGCGAACCUGGCCCCUCCCGCCCCCACCUCGCCUUUGGGUCGCUGGCCGGAGCUGCUCAGCCGGCUGGGACUUCGGCGUCCCCCAUACCCCUGCACCACUGGGAAGGUACGCUCAGACGGCGAGCAGAAGGGACCCAGCGGCUCAGACCUGGGAGCAGGACGCACCCCCGCCCCCGCUGCCGCCUGCUUCCCCGCCUGGCGCGCCCGCCCUGCGACCCCCAGGCUGUGGUGAGGGUCCUGGAGCAGCCACCACGGAGCCCCAAAGACCUCCUCCCAUCCAUGCCCACCCCGCAUGAGGCUGAGAAGCAGCACGUAGGACCAGAGGAGGCGGACCAGCCCCCCUCAAUGUCCAGUCAUGAUGCGGCCCCCCCGGCUCCCCCAAGACGCAACCCUUGCUGCUUGUGCUGGUGCUGCUGCUGCAGCUGCUCCUGGAACGAAGAGCGGCGGCGAGCAUGGCGGGCCUCACGGGACAGCAGGCUACAGCCCCUCCCCAGCUGCGAAGCUUGCACCGCACCAAGCCCCGAGGAGGUGCAGAGUUGGGCCCGGUCCUUCGACAAGCUGAUGCACAGCCCGGCUGGCCGCAGCGUGUUCCGGGAGUUCCUGCGCACGGAGUACAGCGAGGAGAACAUGCUCUUCUGGCUGGCCUGCGAGGAGCUCAAGGCUGAGGCCAACCAGCACGUGGUGGAUGAGAAGGCGCGGCUCAUCUAUGAGGACUACGUGUCCAUCCUGUCCCCCAAGGAGGUGAGCCUGGACUCCCGGGUGCGGGAGGGCAUCAACAAGAAGAUGCAGGAGCCGUCGGCACACACGUUCGACGAUGCACAACUGCAGAUUUACACACUCAUGCACCGAGACUCCUACCCCCGCUUCCUCAGCUCCCCUGCCUACCGUGCCCUGCUGCUCCGGGGGGGCUCCCCGUCCUCCAGCGAGGCCUAGGCUGCCCACUCUUGCAGCCCAGACUAGGGACCUCUCCCGUGGGCAGAGACUUCUCACGAGUGUCAGCAGGUGUCGGGCACACCUGCAGGGCCCAGCACCCCUGGGGCAGUCCCAGGUAGGAGCUCCAGGUGCAGGGCAGGGCAGAAUCCCCCUUCCCUACCUAGGGGUCCUAGUGCCCCAAGGUCCUCCUGAGAGGCAGAUGUGAGGGCCUCUGGGCCCUAGCGCCCCCUCCCGCACCAGCCCCCACUGGCCGGCGGAGUGCUCCUGCUGGGGUCCCACGUGGUAAGAGGAGGCACCCUCCCUGGGAACACCCUGGACCCACAAACCUCACUGGGUCCUCCUCCCCAGGCAGUUGGGGGCCCCAAGAAAUGCCCUGGUAGGGAAGAGAACCUCUGAACUGUCCAGUUCUCUGACAUGAGACCUCUAGCUGGUGCCAUCUGCACCCCAGGAUCCCAGAACCAGAACCGCAGAACCAGGCUCAAGGGAGCAGGACCCAGUAUCUCUUUUAUGUGUUUUUAGGGUUUAAACCAGGAAACAUGUCCUCACUGUGUGUUUUAUGAAAAAAAGAAACUGUUUUCAUAUUUAACUCCACCCCUCUCCCCCCUAAAAUAGGAUCUUAUUAUUGAAGAUGCUUUUAAACCAAA